GGCGGCGCGCUGGGGCCGGACCUCCGCUCGCCGCGCCGGUGGGUUGGGUUGGCUGGCGGGGUGCAGCCGGCACUUCCGCCUUCGCCAGCCUGUGGCGCGGAGGUAUGGAGGUGGGCUAGCGGCCCGGCGAGGCCUGGCGAGAAAUGUGCUUUUGAGACCAGAGGCUGGGUAUAUCUGAAAGAAAAUCCUCACCCGGGAAUCUCAACGGAGAGGCUCACAUCUCUAUCCAGGAGCAGAAUGAGCACAUGCUGCUGGUGUACGCCAGGUGGCAUUUCCGCCGUUGAGUUCCUACGGCGCUAUGCAUUCCGGACCCGGGCCAGUGAAUUCCGGACGGCAGAUGAUGACCUCUGCUUCUGCUUAGAGUGUGUGAUUGAGUAUCACAGAGCAAGGGACGAGCUGCCAUUCUUGCAUGAGGUUUUAUGGGAAUUAGAAACUUUACGCCUCAUAAAACACUUUGAAAAAUGUAUGAGAGGAGAGAUCGAUGACGCUGAGGAUGAACUAUAUAUCAUAGACAACAAUGGAGACGCACAGCCGUUUGACUUCACUGGCCAAGACUUUGAAAAUAAGCUUCGAGUUCCUCUUCUCGAAAUCCUGAAAUACCCUUACCUGCUCCUACAUGAGCAUGUCAAUGAGUUAUGUGUUGAAGCACUUUGUCGGAUGGAACAAGCAAAUUGCUCCUUUCAGGUUUUUGAGAAACAGCCCGGAAUCUAUUUGUUUUUGGUCCAUCCCAAUGAAAUGGUUCGCCGUUGGGCUAUCCUGACUGCCAGAGGCUUGGGGAAAGUGGACAGAGACGAUUACUAUGACUUACAAGAGGUUUUGACUUGCCUUUUUAAAGUCAUUGAGUUGGGGCUUUUAGAAAAUCCAGAUAUUUAUACUACUUCUGUCCUUGAGAAGGGUAAACUGAUCAUCCUGCCACCACACAUGUAUGACGCUUCCAACUACAAAAACUAUUGGCUAGGUAUUUGCAUGCUGCUGACCAUUCUCGAGGAGCAGGCCAUGGACUCCCUGUUGUUGGGCUCAGACAAGCAGAACGAUUUCAUGCAGUCAAUACUUACCACCAUGAAGAAGCAGACAGAGGAUGAUAGUGAAGAUCCUUUCUGGCCAGCAUUGCACUGUUUCAUGGUCAUUUUGGAUCGCCUGGGAUCUAAGGUCUGGGGUCAACUUAUUGAUCCUAUCGAGGCCUUUCAGACCAUUAUCGACAACGCGAGCUACAACAAAGAGAUCCAGAACAUACGGAGAAGCUCUGUGAGGGCCAAGCCAGAACCAGAGUCGUGUCUGGAUGAUAUGGUGACUUGCAGCCAGAUUGUGUACAAUUAUAACCCAGAAAAUACCAAAAAGGUAGCACAGGAAUGGAUCAACUCUCCAAACAAAGGAAAAUUCUAUGAGUUGAAGUUAAGAAAAUUUCCUGCAGAAUAUAAAAAAUACUGGGAGUUUGUGGUUUUUCUUGAGGAAUAUGAACUGUCUAAACAGCUUCACCCGAAGGAGAAUGACUUGGUGUUUCUGGUUCCUGAGAGGCCGAAAGGGGAGAAGAGGGAUGUGGAGCGGAACUCCAUCCCGGCUUCCCGGGACUAUCAGUGUGCUUACGUCCAGAAGUUUCGCCGCACGUCCGUCAUGCAUAAAGGGAAAUACGAGUGCUCCCUCUCCAUCCAGACGCAGGACAGCUUCCCAGCCAGUGUGAAUGACACCGUGAAAUGUGUUGUCGUCAGUUCUCUGGUAACGACACAGAGGAAGCUGAAAGCGAUGUCUUUGUUGAAUAGUCGAAACCAGCUGGCCAGAGCUAUUCUGAAUCCAAACCCCAUGGACUUCUGUACGAAAGACCUGCUGACCACGUCGUCGGAGAGAAUUACUGCCUUCCUAAAGGAUUUCAACGAGGACCAGAAGAAAGCAAUAGAAACCGCGUAUGCCAUGGUGAGACACUCCCCGGCGGUUGCCAAGAUCUGUCUGAUUCACGGGCCACCGGGAACAGGGAAAUCGAGAACCAUCGUUGGCCUCCUGUACCGCCUGCUGACCGAGAAGAGGGGGCAGCUGGAUGAGAACUCCAACGCCAAGAUUAAGCAGAACCGAGUGCUUGUGUGUGCGCCUUCCAACGGAGCUGUGGAUGAGCUGAUGAAGAAAAUCAUCCUCGAGUUCAAAGAGAGGUGUAAAGACAAGAAGAACCCUCUGGGAAACUGUGGAGAUAUCAAUCUAGUACGUCUGGGUCCAGAAAGAUCUAUUAAUAGUGAGGUCCUAAAGUUCAGCUUGGACAACCAAGUUAACCACAGAAUGAGUAAAGAAAAAGACUUACCUUCUUACGUUCAGGAGAUGCAUAGAAGAAAGGAACAUCUAGACCAUCAGCUAGAUGAGCUUUCCCGCCAGCGUGCUUUAAGCCGAUAUGGAAGAGGAAUCCAGAGGCACGAAUUAGAUGAAAAAAUUGCCCAAGUUUCAAAAGAAAGGCAGGAACUUGCAUCUAAAAUUAAAGAGGUUCAAGGGCGCCCACAGAAAACCCAGAGCAUCAUCAUCUUGGAGUCCCACAUCAUCUGCUGCACCCUGAGCACGAGCGGCGGCUUACUGCUCGAGUCCGCUUUCCGGGGGCAAGGAGGAGUCCCCUUCAGCUGUGUCAUCGUGGACGAGGCCGGGCAGGCUUGUGAAGUGGAGACCCUCACCCCCCUCAUCCAUCGCUGCAACAAGCUCAUCCUCGUCGGGGACCCGAAGCAGCUGCCCCCCACCGUCAUCUCCUUGGGAAAGCUGUCGGAAUGGCUGGAAAAAGAGAACCACCAUUUGAGUCUUCAAGUAUCUAACAGUUCCCCCUUCUUGACGGCGCAGGAGUUCGGCUACGAGCAGUCCAUGAUGGCCCGCUUCUGCAAGCUGCUGGAGGAGAACGUGGAGCACCACGUGAGCGCCAGGCUGCCCGUGCUGCAGUUGACCGUGCAGUACAGGAUGCACCCCGACAUCUGUCUCUUCCCCUCCAACUACAUCUACAACAAGAGCCUGAAGACCAACAGAGGGACCGAGAGCACCCGGUGUCUAUCAAAAUGGCCGUUCCAGCCCUACCUCGUGUUUGAUGUCAGAGACGGCUCGGAACGACGGGAAAAUGACUCAUAUGUAAAUCUUCAAGAAAUCAAAGUGGUGAUAGAAUUGGUUAAACUUCUCAAAGAUAAAAGGGAUGUCCGUUGCCGAACCAUUGGCAUCAUCACCCAUUAUAAGGCUCAGAAGGUGAUGAUUCAGAAGGAGCUGGACAAAGAGUUUGAAGAAAAAGGGCUGGCAGAGGUGGAUACUGUGGAUGCAUUCCAGGGCCGCCAGAAAGACUGCGUCAUUGUCACAUGUGUCAGAGCCAACGCCAUGCAGGGCUCCAUCGGGUUCCUGGCCAGUCUGCAGAGGUUGAACGUCGCCAUCACUCGAGCCAAGUACAGCCUCUUUAUCCUCGGGCACCUGCGGACGCUGAUGGACAAUCAUCAUUGGAACCACCUGAUCCAGGACGCACAGCGGCGGGGUGCCAUCAUCAGGACCUCCGACAAGAGCUAUAAGCAUGACGUCACCAAGACCCUAAAGCUCAAGUCGGUGCUGCAGCGGAGUCUGACCUACCCUCCCUCGGCAGCCCCCGAGGGCAGCAGCCCCCAGGACAGCAGCCUGGACAACGCCCCGAACCCCGCACCCCUGGACCCCAGGGAGGCUGCUGUCUCCGCUGCUGGAAAGGACCCUGAGCGGCCUCCUGCCAAGGACCAGCCUCGGGACCCACGGCUGUUCAGGAGGAUGGAAGCCUCAGCGAACUCCCUGCGGAGCCUGGAGCCCUGGAGCCCCCAGCAGCCGGGAGCAGCCUCCCCCGCCCCCUCCGCAGAGCCCAGCUUCCCGCACGGGCCAGGCGACCCUCCUGCCGCCAGCGUUGACUCCACCAGUAAAAGCGACCAGAAAGGGCGUCAGAGCCGCCAGAGAGAGAGCAGGGCCUCCAGGGACAGGGACCAGGAGCUGCUCAGCCCCGGGAGCCAUCGCCCCAAGAGGAGCUCCAGCUGGGACGAUGGGCGGACCCAAGCGGACGACAGUGGUUGGAAGAGAAGGAGGCUCUAGUGAGCCAGGGGCGCGGUCAGCCGCACACAACCCGCAGGCGGCUACGGGGACCGUCAGCUACAGCUGCUUUUUCUCGGAGGAGUGCGGGUGCCGUGGGGGGACAUGGGAAAUGGAACUGAACCUGAGCCUGUUGCUCAUCCUCAGGGCUUUUUGUCCACUGCCAGAACUCCAGAGGGCGAUGUGCUAGGACAAUGCCCUGAGGUGCAGCUUGCAACGUUGACCUCUUGUUCUUCCAUAAAAGGCUGGGUCAGACUGGAGUGGGUAUUGUAAAAGCUGAAGUGUAUAUUUGUACAGCAGAGAGCAGAAUCCUUUUAAGAUUUAAUCUAGCAGACCACUCUUCUCCCUGCUUACAGUGAGUCCUUCCGCCAGGGCACACUGUGACAGAGGAGGAGGGCAGAGGCGGGCUGAGCCCUCUGCUGCAGGUGCCACAGGCGGGCCUGGGGCAGGCAGGCACUGCUGGCCAGUGUGUCUGGUUCUGUUUACAGAGUGAGGGCAGGGCACUGGGAAGCAGGGAUCUGUUAGGUCAGGUUCUGAUGGACGUUUCUAGGCUAGGCCCGUUGGCACAGACAGGACGUGUCUGAGGGAUUCAGCGGCCUUUGCAUAGGCACACAGCUCUAACAGAAAUCCUCCUCCUUGCUGA